AAUCUUUAGUUCACAAGCGCACGUGCACCUCCAACGAUCUCCUCUCAAGUCAUAGCACAAGUGUACAUAUAUUCCUUUUUUUGAAAAUGACGCCCAUUCAGAUAGAGAAGUCGUACGACGUGAAAGCCUCUUCCACACCCACUGCAAAGUGCUCUCGGCAGGCAAGGUCAAGCAGCAGGUCAUGGGAUGUGUUCCUUCCUAUCAGCCGCAGAGGAAGCUUCUUCCAAGACUCGUUUUUCUCUGACAUACACAAGGAUUUUGACUCCUCCGUCAGGGAGGUGUUGGCCAGAUGGAGUGACGAAGAUUUGAAAGUGAAAGACUUCCGCCGGGAUGAUAUUAUGGACCGUUAUAGACAGCUUCGAUCUCGUAACCUAAAUGAAGGGAACCAGGCUGUCACAGUCACAUCUGACAACACAAGUCAUAAGAUUGUGCUGGAUGUGCAUGACUUCAUGUGUGGAGAUGUGAAAGUGAAAGUGUUGGACGAGGAGGAGUUGUUAGUGGAAGGGCACGUGGAGAAGAAGGAGGAAGGAAGGUCAUCCGUCUCGUCACACUCCUUCAGACGCUACUUCUCUUUGCCUCAACAUACAGACAUGGCAGCGAUUACGUCCGUCAUGUCUGCAGAUGGUAUCCUCACAGUCACUGCACCCAAAAUAAAAACAGAAACUAUAAAGGAAAAUGCAAUCAAUCAGACUCUCGCUUCGAAUUAUCGUGAGAAAGCCAACAAGACCCAAAAACACAUGGAAUCUCAGACAGACUCAGGACGCUCGUCGUCUACACGAAAAGAAACCUGUUCGUGUGAUUUUGGUUUCAAAAGAACAGCUGAUUCCUCUCGAUUUCACAGCGAUUCAUGGGACACAUUCUUGCCCAUCACUCGAAAGGGAGGCUUCUUCCAGGACUCAUUCUUUUCCGGUAUACAUCGCGACUUCGAUGCCUCCAUCAGGAAGGUCCUCAAUGCCUGGAAUGACGCUGAUCUCCAGCUGGCGGACUUCUGGGACGAUGACGACUUCCACCGCAGCGACAGACUGGGCCGCUACAGGCAGCUUCGAUCGCGGAACCUGUGGAGUGACAACCAGGCCGUUACAGUUACUUCGGAUGAUGUCAAUUAUAAGAUCGUGUUGGACAUGCAUGAUUUUGUGGAUGGAGAUGUGAAGGUAAAAUUGAUAGGCGAGGAGCUGUUGGUAGAGGCCCAGUCAGCCAGGUCCUCGUACACCUUCACACGCACAUUUUCCUUGCCUGAGUCCAUUGACAUAAUGUCCAUCACAUCUGUCAUGUCGUCAGAUGGCAUCCUCACAAUCACUGCGUCCAAGAUGGAGAGUGAAACACAACAGAAGACUACUGUCAUCCCCAUUAGUGUCAAGGAAAGGCACAAUGCAUCAGAAGUUCACAGCUCAACUUCCUCGACGACCUCGGGAGUUUCUGAGGAAGCAGCAUCUGGCCAAGGAAUAUCCCACACAGGCCAAGAGGAGGAACGCAAAUACGCACGAUGCUAUCAGGAAAAUAUCGACGAGGACAAGACCCAAACUGUAGCUUCCAAGAUCUCUAGCAACACACAACAAUCAUUACAGAAGCAAUCGUCUGGCAUCACAGAUUUUGCUUCCACAAGAAUUUCCAAAUCUCUGGAAGCAAAGAAAACUCUUGGGAAUUUGGAAGAUGAUUUCUUGCCCAUCGCGAGGAGAGGAAGCUUCUUCCAAGACUCAUUCUUCUCCGACAUACGCCAAGGCUUCGACGCCUCUGUCAGGGAAAUCUUGAAGAAAUGCAAUGACUCCGACCUCACGGUGACAGACGAUAUCAGUCAUAGGGGCAUCCUGAGCCGCUACAGGCAGCUUCGAUCUCGAAACAUGAGGGAAGAGGACCAGGCCUUCUCCGUCUUGUCAGACGAUGCUACGAUCAAGAUCGUAGUGGACGUGCAUGACUUCAUGUCCGGAGACGUCAAGGUGAAAGUCGUAGACGAGAAGGAGCUGGUGGUGGAAGGACGCGUAGAGAAAGAGGAAGGAAGUUCAUCCGUCUCGUCACACUCCUUCAGACGCCGCUUUUCCCUGCCUCACCGCACUGACACAUCACGCAUCACUCCAGUCAUGUCUUCAGAUGGUAUCCUCACAAUAACUGCUCUGAAAAUGCCAGAAGACUCGGAAGAAUGCAUAGUGAACAGCUCUACUGAGGAAGUUCAAGGAUCCUCUGAAGUUCAAUGCUCGGUAUUCCCAACUAAUGAAACAAGUUCUCUCCAUGGGGAAUGUCAUGAUUCUAAUUUUGACUUUGUAGGUCGAAAUCAGAGCAAAGAAACUAUUGGCACCCAAGAAUCCUCUGCAGAAGAGAUGGCUAAUGACUCGCCUGCUGUGUCUGAUGAAAUGAAGUUUUACUCCUUAUGUCGCCGGAGUUCAAUUGCCAUGAAUGAAGCAUUUGACAAUAGCUGUGCAUCAUGUGACUUUGGAACUUCUUCCCAGGAUUCUCUUCUGUCUGUCAUACCUGAAGAAGAAAAAGACUCUGAAACUGUUGAAGACUCCCAGCCGGCAAUUGAAAGUAUUGAUCUGACAGACUCCCAGGAAUCUGUUGACAUUUUUGAUGUUGAAAUUCCUGAUCUUAAAGAUUCCCAGGAAUCUGUUGACAUUUUUUAUCAAAGGGAUUUAGAGGCAACUGCAGAAGUUUUUGAUCUAAAAGACCCAGAAGCUGUAGAAAUUCUUCAUGAAAAAGAUUCACAGGAAGCUGUUGCUGAGGCUCAGAAUACGUCAGAAGCUCAGAACUCAAAGUCUUCAACCACUUUGGACGAUGUCACUGAGGAUGCCGUAUCUGUGCAACAAAAGUCCAAAACUAUAGAAGAGGAACUUGCACAGUUUUCUUGGCAAAAUAAGUAUGAGAACAAGUCAACAGAACAAGAGAACUUUAAUUCCCAAACAGUCUCUGAAGGGAUACCCGACAGCAAAAUGAAUCAGUUAGCAGUAACUGAGAGUUGCACAGACUCCCUCCAGUCAUCCAGAGAUUCUUGUAUCUAUCAAAAGGAAGUCGUCGAUACUCUUGGGCAGUUGAAACUUAAAGAUGCAAAACCGAGCACUUCAUACACGGCACGUACAGAAAAGUCUACAGAAACUGUUGAAUCCUUGAAAGGAACAAGACAGGUUCACAGAGAUUCACCAGAAGAGCUCUUGCUCAUCACCAAAAGAGGAAACUUCUUCCAAGACUCAUUCUUCCUUGACACUCACCAAGACUUCAGUGCCGCUCUCAGGCAGGUGUUGGACAGGUGCAAUGAAGAAAACUUUGAGAACGACAUUAACCUCUGUUACACCGAUAUCCUGGAACGCUACAGGCAGCUUCGGUCUCGCGCUCUGAAGGAAGAGAAUCAGGCUGUUAUCGUUACAUCAGACAAGUCUUGUCUAAAGAUAAUUAUGGACGUUUAUGAGUUCAUGAGUGGAGCUAUACAAGCGAAGGUCGUUGAUGAGAAAGAGUUAGUCAUUGAGGGACGUGUGGUGAAGAGCGAAGGAACCUCAUCCGAGACCUCUCACUCCUUCAGACGCCGCUUCUCUCUUCCGCAAUAUACUGAUAUCACUUCUGUUAUGUCGUUAGAUGGCAUCCUCACAGUUACUGUGAUCUUUCAGGAAGGAAAUACUGCUAAAAACUUCAUUGAGACGGAAGCAAAAUGCAACAUUACAAAAGAAAUUUUUGACUCACAAUCACCUUCACUUUCUGCUGAAAAGCGUGUGCUUGAGGCUAAGACUGAAAGCCAAGAUGGAUUGAAUAAGAAUGUGACACUACAGUCAGAGGAUUUCACAUCGGGGACAGAGAUGUCCAAACUUGCUUCCAAUUUCGAAGAAAACAAUAGACUGAAACGCUUUGGGCAAGACUGUGACAGAGAGCCUCAAGAAGACAACAGCUAUAAUGUCACCGACACAAGUAUGGGAACGUCCUCUCGUUUCACGAGUGUUUCUCAGUCUACCUCUGCAGUGAAGUCUUUUCCAGUCACGAAGAGAGGACUCUUCUUCUCCCAUUACUUUUUCCGAGACAGUAGGGAGGAUUUCCAGAAAGCCGUAAGGGAAAUCCUGAGCAAAUGGGGAGAGAAGUCGACUGACGAUGACGAGAUGACUUGCUACAGAAAACUGCGAGCACGAAAUAUGAGGGAAGAUAAUCAGGCAGUGACGUCUUCGGAAGAUGAACAUCAUUAUAAGUUCGUCAUUGAUGUCCAAGACUUUAUGGACGUUGGAGAGAUCAGCGUGAAGGCUGUGAAUGAGCGAGAGUUGGUGGUUGAAGGUCACUUGGAGAAGAAGGAAGACGGUUCCAGGUCCAGCAAGCGGUUCCUUCGUCGGUUCAUUGUUCCUGGAGACAUAGAGCUCGAGGCUGUCAUUUCAGUCAUGUCUUCUGACGGUGUGCUUAAAAUUUUAGCUCCGAAGAGGGAGGUCUAUAAUCGAAAAUACGUCUCGACUGAUGAAGACAUGGACGAUGGUGAUGCAGCGUUUACAAGGAAAUUCACGAAUGGACAUCGUCUCGCCGAUGACUUUUUGGGAAACAGAGAUUCAUCUUCGGAUGACGGGGAUUGUAGGACAUUUGCCAGGCAAAUCAAUGAUCGCAACCAAGUCGCUUUCCAAGAAGACGGCGACGAAGACUUUGAAAAUGAACAUAUGCUCAACAAGGAGACCAAGAUGAAAACUGACAAGGACUUUAAAUUUGACAUUCCAAGCUUUUCAACCGGAACCAGGGCUUUACACGUGGACAGAAGGGGUGUAUUCACUGAAGACUAUUUCUUCGCGAAUGUUCGUGACAGCUUCAGCCAAGCAGUGAGAGAAGUGCUGGAAAAGGCUAAUGAAUGGACCUGUCGAAGUGACGCCAUGCACAACUACAGACGUCUGCGUCAGCGCAACCUCAAGUUGGAAACUCAGGCUGUUGGCAUCAUUGACGAUCAAGACUCGCACAAGAUUGUGAUGGACGUUUUUGAUUUCAUUAAGGGCGACGUGACAGUGCAGUUGGUGAAGGGCAAGGAACUGCUGGUCGAAGGUCAAGCUGAAAAACUGGAAGGAAGCAGAGUGUCCCAAGUGAACUUCGAGCGUCGCUUUGCGUUGCCUGAGCUCGUCGACCGAGACGCCAUCAGCUGCGUGUUGUCCUCGGACGGAAUCCUGACAAUCACCUCCAAGAAGAGAGCAUGCGAGUACAGGACUAGUGCAAGGGGACUUUCCAGUGAGAGGAAGUCCUACGGUGACAGGGCUGGCAGGUGGGAGGACAAGAAAGUGAAGGACUCCCUCGCGGAUCUGGAAGGCCCCAGCUCUCGGAGCUUCAGCACUGGCUCUCGCUCCCGCUACCAUCGCUCCUAUGCGAAGCAAUAUUAGAAAGUAAAAGUCCUUACACAGAUUUAUUAAUGCAGUUUGUUUUUUAUUUGAUUUUUUUUUACAUAAAUGUAUAAUUGAAUAUUUUCAAAUAAUUUAUUUGUGAUGUUAACUAUAUGUAGGCAGUAAAUGUUAUUUUUAUUAAUGUUAUGUGUAUCAGUUUACAUACACUAUACAUAUGGAGAAACACUGAGUUUUAUAGGACAUUCCUUUAUGUAAAUGAUUUGAUAUCUUAUUUGGAAUAAAAGCUUUUUUAUUGUUUAGUUGAUCUGUUUAAUAAAAAAAAACACUGAAUCGGCUUCAAGAAACGAUUUAACUUAAAACUAUAAAAAUAAGUGUUAACUGCAGAUUUGUCGUAGUGGGUAUCACUGUAUGACAGCCCAGAGAAUAUUUGUUUAGGCCAAAGAUAAUCCGUGAAGUGCGAUAUUAGGUGGAAAUGAUACAUUUCAUUAGUAGAUAAGAUUAUUUGUUUUCAUUAGUGGCACUGAGAAAUAUUCAUUUGAUCUCAAUUGCAUCUGAUCUCUGACGAAGAUUGAGGCAGUCUCCGGCAAUUUGUAGCAUCUUGCUGAUUACAUUUUGCCUUUUUUAUUAUGUAUCAGUGACAGCUAUGCAAGUAACUCUGUAACCCAGUUUUAACGUAUGAAGAAUAUACUGUAAAUAAGGACAUGAUAGAUCUAUGAUUAUUAUUUGCACAAAUAAAAUGCUGAAUGUAAUUUGAAGUAGAUAAACUUAUGAUUUGAUGUUAAUUCGUCGACAGUCUAUGUCUCUCUCAGCAUUCUCUGCAUUGAAGAUAUAAAUGUAUCAAUGUAUACUGAUUAAUUCGUGUAUCAGAUUCUUUAUCCAGUAGUAUGUCUAUGUAUUCAUUUAUUAAUUAAUUGCGACAUUCCUUAUGGACCUAGCAUCUUCUACUAUAUGUAAGACGCCAGUUACAUUUAUAAUCUAAAUCCUGACUUAACAUGUGUAAUUUACUCGUGUGUAUGGAAUGUUGAAAUACGUUCUAGAUGUAACAAAAUGAGUGAUCACACAAGUAAAUAGUAUAAAUAUGCAUUUGCAUCUGAAAAUUAAUUUCUUGUUUCUAGUUCCCAAAUUUAUGGAAUAAGUCUAUAUAGGUCCUUCUAAGACGGGCCACGAGAUCUGAUGCUCAGACUAUGAUGACCCUGAAGUAUAAAAAACAAAUGAGUAAAUAAUCGCAUUGUAGUUGUUUCUCAUUCUGUUGUUGUUAUCAUUAAUCCUCUGUACAAAAAAUCUGUCACUGUCUAUCAAAUCGCCAGUUUACCUGGCUUCAACGAUACAAUUACAUAUUUUUAAUGUGUUCGUUACUAUUUUUUUUCAGAACAAUCAUUAGGCUAAUCAUUGAGUGCUGAAGAUGUUAUUUGAGAAUAGUAGGCAACAUAAUUUCUAAAAAAUAAUAUGUUUAAAGGAAGAAAGACUCGGCAGGGAAAGCUUGUCGAAGAAUGUUCUUCAACAAUCAGAUGCUUAUUUCAUGGUGGUCCUAGCAACAUGAAGUGGCAACAUUUCACAGCGUCCCUGAAAUUCAGUUAUUUCGGUUCUGAAUCAUCAAAUAGCACAGGUAAACUUCAACAAUUUUGGCAAAGAGCGAAGUACUAUUCCUACCCGCCCUCUCACACCCGCGCUUCAUCCAACGCUAUAAAAGUGUUGGUCCCAUCGAGCGCCUUCAGUAUCGCAAGCAUACGUCCGCCGCCUCAGCUCCUCUCAAGUACUCUCCCCAAUGGCUUCCAGCGAUGACGUGGGACUUUCCCAGUCCGGUAUUAAGUGCAGAAGAUGCGGAGGAUCGUCUCUGAGUUCGUGGGAUCUGUUUCUACCCAUCACUCGAAGAGGAAGUUUCU